AUUGCGCUCUUGGUAGGACGCAUAGCCUUAGUCAGUACAAGCUGAGACAGUAAGUCGUUUGGUCGUAGAUCCUGCUGUGGAUUCGGACGGCUUCCUUGUCUCUUACUGAGGUUCAAGUUGUCUGUAGAUUCGCGUCAGAGAUCAGAAUGCGCCUGCAGUGGAUGCUGGCCAUGGUGCUCCUGGUGACGCUGCUCACCGUGGACGUAUCCGGAGAGAGACGAAGGAAACAUCGUCGUCGCACUACGACCACCACCGAGUCCAACGUUCAGGAUGAGGUAAUGAAUAUCCUGGAGGCUGACGAGAUUGUCGAGGAGGCUGACGAAGCUGAGGCUGUUAAGGAGGAGAGCGGAGAGGCCAGCAACGAAGUUGGAGCGAACGAAGCUGUCCGCAUCGAUCCAUGCGUCGACAAGCACUGCGGUGCGGGUCGUAUUUGCAAGGCUAAUGAUGACCUGGGCACUGCCGAAUGCGUUUGCGUAGAAAGCUGCGGCAAGGAACAGGAUCCUCGCCGUAAGGUCUGCACCAAUUACAACGAGACCUUCGAAAGCGAUUGCGAGGUCUACCAGACACGUUGCUUCUGCGAAACUGGUGAUCCUAGGUGUACCAAUGCUGAUUACAGUCACGUGCACAUUGAGUACUAUGGUGCCUGUCGUCAGAUGCCUGCUUGUGCCGAAACAGAUAUGGCCGAUUUCCCAAGACGCAUGCGAGACUGGCUCUUCAAUAUCAUGCGUGAUCUUGCUGACCGUCAGGAGCUCUCAUCUCAUUACUUGAAGAUGCAGCGUGAAGCUGAGACUAAUUUGACUUUACGCUGGACCAAUGCAGCCAUCUGGAAGUGGUGCGACCUGGACGGUCAUCCACAUGAUAGAACAGUCUCCAGGCACGAGUUGUUCCCCAUCAGAGCUCCUCUGAUGGCUUUAGAACAUUGUAUCGCUCCUUUCUUAGAUUCUUGUGACUUGGACAACAACCACAAGAUCACACUGAAAGAAUGGGGAAAGUGUCUUCAGCUUGACGAGGAUGAUCUGGACGAUAAGUGUGGUGAAAUAGCGGAAGCGGUCGGUGAUUCUUAAUCCUGGAGAAGAAGGACGUGUCUGACCCAUAGUCUUCUUUAUUACGAUGUAUAGUCUUAUAGUUAAGCCAUUUAAGCCAUACGGCGCCAAAACCCUUUCUACUCCCUUAUUUAGUAUAACUCUCAUCUUGGGUCGACGCACCGAUUUGUCUUUUAUAUGAGAAAAACUUAACCGGCUGCCUCUUAAAUAAAGAGUAACCAGCAACUGCCAUUGUAAUCGAUAUCCUAUCCGAAAGGGUCCUCGAGUUUUCUAUUUUCUCGGGGACUAAGUAUUUUUACACCGACUAAAUGAAAAAUAAAAAAGCAAACAUCCACCAUA